AUGUCGUAUCUUUUUGUCUGGCACAGUGUUCCUGUGAACAAAUCGAAGCGGCCCUUUCUCACAGAAAACGAGCACCACGUCUUUGUCAAAGAUGGGGUCGGCAUUUACCAAGGCAAGCUGAAGAUCAAAAGUCUUCAAAAAGGGCGUGUCUACUUGACCAACAAGCGCGUGAUCUACCUUGACUCCGUGGACGGGUCCAAGGCUGUCGCCAUAAAUUUGUGUGAUGUAGCAAACGCCGAAUAUGUCGAGAGAUUCCUCCGAUCGAGCCCGAAAGUGAAGAUUUUCCUUAAGGUUGCAGCAGACAACACGACUCAUUUGAAUGAGCGGGGUUCGCCAGAACCGGAGUCAGCGGCAGGCCGGUCGCCUAUUGUUGAUUGGGUUUGUGGGAUAUGCUCAUUCAAUAACCACAUGUCACGGCAAGUCAACCUAUCAGCCAAUCUCCCAAAAUGUGUGUCUUGCGGGAUCCCGCCUUCUUAUGAGCUGCUUGAAGCCGUGCUCAAAAAGGAUUUAGGUACAAGCCGGGAUUCUGGGUCCAGCCAGAGCUCAAACACAAGCCCUGACCUGUGCCCGAAAUGCACAUUCAUCAAUCAUCCAUCCAUGAGGUUUUGUGAGGUUUGUGGAGCUCCACUAAAACUGGCUCCGAAAUCACUUCUAAAGAAAAUCAAGGACUCUGAGAAAAGAUCACCUGCUGCAUCCAACCCGUUGGGAUUGGUCUUGGAAGAGAACGAGACAUAUACUAAUAACUUUCCUUAUGUGAAAAUCAGUUUUCGCAAGGGAGGCGAUGCUGAGUUUUUCAAGCAUUUGAACGAAACGAUUGAUAAGAUGAAGUGGGAGGCUCUCGAAGCUAAAGGUGGUAUAAGUGAUGAUUCUACACGAGUCUUACCAACGCGAGAAGCCACUCCGCGGGUGCAAUCACGGGGAAUUCAAGGGCUCGUUAAAAUUGGUGAGUUUCAAAGAAAACAAACAGAGCUAAUCUUAUCACUGUCUCUAGAAGAUUUGGAGCAGCUUAUGCAGAAAGCUCAAGAAAUACUCGAGCUCACAUCUUCGUUCGGCUCCUUGAUCAAGAAACCCCAGGCACCUUCUUCAAUCAUGUCCCCGCUCCUGGUGAGUCUGACACUGAGCAUUUAUCAUCAAGAGCUAGCAAAGCACAUGUGUGAGUACUUGCUAAAUUUUAAGCUCACCAAGUUUUCUUCGAUGAUAACCUCACAAGAUUUGUUUGCAUCGUACAAUCGAUUCUCUAUUAUGAGUCAGGGAUUUGGGGGAGAUCUUGUUACAACCCAAAACUUCCAAAAAUGUCUACAGUUGUUUGAAGCCUUAAGCCUACCUGUGAAGCUCAAGACGUACCAGUCUGGAUUGGUUGUUAUUACGCAACGGCUCCAUGAUCUGCAAGAAAUCCACCAGGUGAUCCUAGAAUACUUGGUGGCAGAAGAAAACCGUUUUUUGUACGAAAAGUACACAAGUGAGCUUUUAGCCGACUCCGAUGGAUACAUGAAAGACAUGUACAAAACUUUCCGUGGCAAAACUGUUGCUGAAAUUGCAGACAAUUUCGGCUGGUCUUCAACCAUUGGCGUGGAAGAAAUAUCCCGAUGCAUGGAUGAGGCACUCAUUGUCUGUGAUAAGCAUAUUCUGGGAAGCUUUUACUAUGUGAACAAGUUC